UUUCGAUCAGCCGUGGUGUUGGUAUCCUGCUAAAGCCCUUGUCCGGGUGAGCGAUCGCAGGAGGUACAAGCAAACGUUGUACAACUACGCCCUGUUGGAAGUAGAUGUCGACGGGCUGCCCACUUUGGCAUUCGUAGAUUGCGACCGAAUUCGAGUGUCAAAGGACAGGUGUGCCCUGACAGAGAAAGCACUAAUGAGCACUGGACGAGGACAGUUCUACGAUAAGUUUCCAAACGCACAGUUGUAUUUUUCUAAGCGGUGCGUGGAGGUUGGUUGGUUUCCCGACAUGCUACCUAUCGCGGAGAAGCGAGGAUUUCGGGAAAUGUGGAAUCAUUUAACCCACACCAUGUUUGUUCGCAUUGAAGUACAGCCGCGUGAAAUAACGGUGCAUUACGUUUUUGCGUCAAAGCGCAAUCGUAUCAUGGACGCAGAAAAAUGUAAAGAAUAUUUGGGCCGCGUAAAUUCCAUACUGAAUUUUCACCACAGGAAACGCGAGAUUCUAAUUGAACUGUACAAAAACACCAAGCGACGUAAACAGCAGAAACGGACUGUGGGUGGUGACGCCGGAAAUAAUCCUCUCCGUGUCAAACGCCGCCGUCAGAACGCGCAAUCUCUCAGGGGACUAGGCUCUGCAGAUGCCAGUGAUGAUUUGUUGCGUUAUUUGCCGCUGGAAGUUUUAACGGAAACCUUGUCGUAUCUCACUGUGGAAAGAAAAGCGAUGUGCCGACGUGUCUGUCGAGACUGGGAUGCAUUAGUCGUCCAUUCGCGGUCUGCUCUGGUUCAAGUGGACCCGUUGUCUCAGUAUCUUCGACCUACGGUGGCGUGGAUGUUGUAUGGAACAGCGAGGACCUGGUCCACUUCCAUCAGAACUCUGAUAUUUGCCGCCACACAUCCGCACCGCUGUUUUUUUGCCGGCGAUGACCUGAUACCUAUCGUUAAGGAAAUGCUGACAGCAUUGCGGAUUAAAGUGCACAUAAUGCUUCUGUCACAUAUUACGGAAGCUGAUUAUUACGAAUUCCUACCACCAUUCCAAUCAGAAACACCACCGCCGUGGUCGCCGAUCUGUCGAAAGUUGCUCCUGGCGCAUGUGAUCCUGAUCAAACCGCGCGACUCUAGAUACACCAAAGAAACCGUGUCAGCGGUUUUUCAGAGGUGUGGCAAUAUGGAUGGAUUCUGGUUGAAGCCUAAGGAUGAGCGGAGCCCCGAUAAACUGCGAAUUAACAGAAGCACCAUUUGCUUGACCGGGACGUAACGGAAGUGUAUUCCAGUGAGUUUCCGGCUUCCUUUGUUUGGUAACGCUU